AUGGCGGAGCAGGGCGAGUCGCCGGUCCACGUCCAGCAGCCGCAGCCGGCGCCCGCCGCCCCGGCCGUCGGCUGGCCCAUCUGCAGGGACGCCUACGAGCUGCAGGAGGUUAUCGGUAGUGGUGCUACAGCGGUUGUCCAGGCAGCGCUAUGCAAACCCAGGCAAGAACGUGUAGCAAUAAAGAGAAUCAACUUAGAAAAAUGCCAAACCAGUAUGGAUGAAUUACUUAAAGAAAUUCAAGCAAUGAGUCAAUGCAAUCACCCCAAUGUGGUGACUUAUUAUACAUCUUUUGUGGUGAAGGAUGAACUUUGGCUGGUUAUGAAGCUGUUAAGUGGGGGUUCAAUGCUUGAUAUAAUAAAGUAUAUUGUCAACAGAGGAGAGCACAAAAAUGGUGUCCUUGAAGAACCCAUAAUAGCAACAAUUCUUAAAGAAGUUUUGGAGGGCUUAGACUAUCUACACAGGAAUGGGCAAAUUCACAGAGAUCUGAAGGCUGGCAACAUCCUUCUGGGUGAAGAUGGCUCUGUACAAAUAGCAGAUUUUGGCGUUAGUGCAUUUUUAGCAACAGGAGGUGAUGUUACUCGUAACAAAGUAAGGAAAACAUUUGUUGGUACUCCAUGUUGGAUGGCCCCUGAAGUAAUGGAGCAGGUGCGAGGUUAUGACUUCAAGGCUGAUAUGUGGAGUUUUGGGAUAACAGCCAUUGAAUUAGCAACAGGAGCAGCACCUUAUCACAAAUACCCUCCUAUGAAAGUGUUAAUGCUGACGCUUCAAAAUGACCCUCCCACUUUAGAGACAGGUGUAGAGGACAAGGAGAUGAUGAAAAAGUAUGGCAAAUCCUUUAGAAAACUAAUUUCAUUAUGCCUUCAAAAAGAUCCUUCCAAAAGGCCCACAGCAGCAGAACUUUUAAAAUGCAAAUUUUUCCAGAAAGCCAAGAAUAGAGAAUACCUGAUUGAAAAACUUCUCACUAGAACGCCUAAUAUAGCACAAAGAGCGAAAAAGGUCAGACGAGUACCAGGUUCCAGUGGUCACCUCCAUAAAACAGAAGAUGGGGACUGGGAAUGGAGUGAUGAUGAAAUGGAUGAGAAGAGCGAGGAAGGCAAAGCUGCUGUUUCUCAGGAAAAGUCACGAAGAGUAAAAGAGGAGGAGAACAUAGAGGUAAAAAUGUCUUUAUCAACUUUUUUUUUUCUUCCAAGUUCUCAGCCUGCUGUUAGUGACGAAUAUAGUGAAGUUCCAUGUGCAGUGAAUCUUGUCUUAAGAUUAAGGAACUCCAGGAAAGAACUUAAUGACAUACGGUUUGAAUUUACUCCAGGCAGAGACACAGCAGAUGGCGUUUCUCAGGAGCUGUUCUCUGCAGGCCUGGUUGAUGGCCAUGAUGUAGUUAUAGUUGCUGCUAACUUACAGAAGAUAGUAGAUGAUCCAAAGGCCUUGAAAACAUUGACUUUUAAGUUGGCCUCUGGCUGUGAUGGCACUGAGAUUCCUGAUGAAGUGAAACUGAUUGGGUUUGCUCAGUUAAGUGUCAGCUGAUGUCUGUCCCUUGACCCCAAGCCGAAUUGUGAGAUUGCGAAGAGGCCAGCUUAGAUGCAAAGGAAAAUUAAUGCACCACACACUGAGUUCUGCUUCAUUCUCUAGCAAUUCACAAAUUCAGAACAAGCAAAGCCCACAGCUACACCGCUGCUGCUAACAUUCAAAAUGCUACUAAAUGUCUCUUAGCAGUUGAUUUGGAUUCCCCCUAAAAAAGCCUGUGGAAAUGCACUCAGGUGGCUGUAUUUAUUGGUUACAAAAGGAAUUUUCUAUCAAGCUUACUUCUUUCAUAAACUUUGAGUGAUACUAUUUUACCUGUACUUGUGGUUGAUAAUACUGCCUCUGUUCUGUUACAUUUAGAAAUUAACAUAAAUAUAAAAGUUAAGAAUUAUUAGCCAAACUUGAAUUCUGGUUUUAAAACUUGACUGUGAAUUUUAUUUUUCAUAUAUUUAUGCAUUACACAUCCUAGUAAAAAGAAAAUGAUUUGACUUGAUCAUGUGCUAUUUGCAGUUAAUCUCCCAUUAUUUAAAAAAGUUUCAGGUAUAUCUUUGAAGUAUUUGGUAACUUCUAGGGGGGGUUUGAAAUUAAUUAAUUAGGCAUUAGCAAGCUUUUGUUGGUUGUGUGUCUGGAGUCCACAAACUGAUUGUUAAGGGAGUAGGAGGUGCCUUGCAGACAUUGUUUUAAGAAUGUGCCUGAGGCUGCUUAAAUAAAUAAUCUCCAUUUUCUAGAAGUACCAUACAUAUGGUACAAUAUAUAAAAAAUAUAUAUAGUUAUCUGAACAAGGAGGGGAUAUACAGUAGCAAAGGUGUUAGAGUAUUUUGACUAUGCUUUAUCGGGGAGUCUAUGAGCUAGAACUACUUUGAACUGUUGUCAUUAAGGUAGACUGCUUACUGUCUCCAUCUCUGAUCCAACUUAUCCUUAAUGAUAGAAACCGGUUUCAUACAGGUGAUAAAAACUUGAAGAAUGGAACUGAAGCUUUACUUGAUGUUCUGCAAAAUACCAAGGUGGAGUGAAAAUAAUAGGGCUUUGUGCAAUGAUCAAGUAAAACUCUGUUACAAAGAAAACACUUCUGACCUGAGUAGUCUUAUGCUUAACCUGUGACAUAGAUGUUAUGGAGCUAGUGAACCUUAGACAGACUUUCAAAUUUGGAGACGUGUUUCUCAGAGGUUACAAUUUAAACUACUUCCUAGCUAAUCCUAGAUAAGCGGCAGCUCUUUAAUGUACUGAAAAUGGCAAAUAUAUAUUAUUAAGAGAGGUUAUUUAUAAUGCCUUGUCAUAAUCGUUGAGGUGUUCUUAGAGCCAUUUGCAUAUGACUCAAUGUAAUCCCAUCCCAUCCUACUGUUUACAUGAUGAUUACUCCAAGAUGACUGCAAAGGUUAAAAAAAUAAAAUGAAAAUAAAAGUGUAUUGCACAAACA